AUGACAGAGCUGGAACUGCCUCCACCUGUGAUUCCCAUCGACGAGAAGGAGAAGAGCGAUGAAUGGGAUGCACAAUCCAGCGAUGCCUGGUCAAUCCAAGCACGUCUUCCACAACUGCGGGUGCGCACCUUCUGUUCGUCGCCUCUCCAGUCGCCUCCGCUCUCCCCGAUCUCUCCUGACGGGAGCCGGCUGGCGCCGCGGCGGCGGUCGAAGGCUGAUGAGAGCACGGCGACCGCCACGCGUGCGCAACUCCGUGAGGGCGCCACUGGGGUGGAGGAUGUGCUGAACCGUGUCCGAUAUGAUCUUUUGGAAUCGUCGGUGGCCGCCUUCCAAGUCUUGGUGGACAACGUGGAACGGCCCGACCUCUGUCGGCCGCACCUGCUGCGGGGCGAAUGCAGGUACGGCCAGAACUGCCGCUACCAACACGUCACGCCCUUGCGUUGGCGCUCGGGGUCUGCACCUUUGGUCAGCAACGGCAGCCACGUGCCCUUCGUGGAGGCGCUGGACACCACGAAGCUCUUCGCACUGCUGGACUCGGCGCCGUCGCCCACCGCGCGCCACGCCUUGCUCCAGACGGUAGCCUGUGUGCUUUACCAAGGGGAAGUGGUUUGGUGCCGCCAUGUGGGGCGUGCUGCGACACAUCAGCUUUGGGAGUCCUUUCUGUCUAUGCACGGAGGCACCUCCUCAGCUCGAGCGACACCCGGGACCACAGCUGCCGAGUUCAUGAUGGAAUGGCCCGGAAACGUUUGGGAGCACGUGCUCCAACACUUGCAGGACCCCUGCGUCAUCUCAGGAACUGCUGUGGCAAUGCUGUCCAGCUCUCGCAGCAUGUGGAAGAGCAGCCUCGGCGAGAAGAAACUUUGGCAAAUGCUUGCGAAGAGCGAAUGGACUGAAUGGCCCAGCCUGGCCAAGGUUCGCCAUGAUGAUGAGGACCCUUUGAAGGAGUUUACCUCACUGGCCCAGCAGCUACAGCUCUAUCGCUUGUGCUGGGCGGCAACUCAAAGCUGCCCGGGCAAGUUCGCCACUCCGAAGCAGGGGCCGUACCCCUCGCCGGAGGCGGCGGAGAUGCCUGGAUCUCCAAAGUGUGAAACCAGGCGCCUGGGACGAGGCACGCUGCACCUGGAGCUGGGCUUCGAGGUCACGGCGCUCCGUGCCGACGCGAAGCUCCUCGUGGCGGCCUCACGGCGCUCCAACGAGGUCAGGCUGUUUCAGACGCGGGGCUUGGGACGUUUGCCCACGUUGCGCCUGGAGCGACGUGUGGACGCCUUGGAUGCCGUGCCAGAGAAUGACGCCUUGGUGGCAGGCAGUGUGGAUGGACAAGUGUCCAUCCAUACGGUGAGCGAUCCAAAGACUUGGCACCGGCUGACACGGUACAAAGCGACGACCCGUGACGCCAGCGGCUCGCCACUCUUCGCAGGAUUGCAUUUCCUUCCCGGCUCAGGUGGCACCUUGGUGCUUGCAGCUGCGCGGAGUCAGAACUGCGCACAGCUCUGGGACGUGGCCACGCAGUCCAUGGUCGUGGAGAGUGAGUCGAUGGGCACCACACUCACGGCCUGUGAGCUCAUGGAGCAACAGGCCAGUUCGGAUGCCGCGGAUGGCUUAGUGCGCCUGUGGGACCUCCGAUCUCCACGCUUGGUCCCUGUGGCAGAGCGAUCGCCCGGUCAAGGAGAGACCUUGGUCAGCGUGAACGUUGGAGAGCCCUCGUCCUGCGCCUUGUUGAACAGCAGCACCUUGCGCUGGGCAGAUCUCCGCGCUGGUAGUGGUCGUGUCACAGAGGUGCGGCCUGCCACACACUGGCCUCAGCUCUUGGCCGAGGCGGCCCCGCCGCGUUUGGUCCUGGCGCGGCAUGGGAUGGUCGCUGCUUGGUAUGAUGGUCCUACUGCACCGAUCGGUUGUUGGUAUGGGAUGGGCUGUUCUUUGGUCCCCAUCAAUGCCGACCAUGGCAACACUGCGGUCUCCGCCGCUGCCAUCCCCCUGGGAGGAGGGACGCCGCCCUUUGCCGUGGCGCUCGCGAGGCCGGAGCCCGCGCGGGGCUGGUCUAUGAGGUUUGUGCCGCUGCGCUGUCUUAAGGCAGGGGGCCAUGCCGCAGGCUUUGGAGGCCGGCGCCGGAUCUCGACGGAGCCAACGGGGCGCCGUGCCUUGGCGAACGUGGCCGCGCAGGGACCUGCAAUCCGUGGAACCCUGAUUUCGGUCACGGGUCUCAGGCCUGUUUGGGGCCACAAUCACUUGCAGCGGCCUUCUCUUCACUUGUACAGAGGGAAGUCAGGCCAGGCACUGUACAGUUUUCCUGCCCCUGGGCGGCCGUGA